GGAUGCUAUCACCGCCGGAAUCCACUGUUCAAUCAGGCUCAGCUUCUCUCAGCAAAUCAGAAAGCCAUGGAAUCCCAAAACCAAGACCAAUAUUCAGCAUCAAGACUCCUUCAUGCUCAAACCCACAUAUGGAACCACAUCUUCAGCUUCAUAAACUCAAUGUCCCUCAAAUCUGCAAUAGAUUUGAAUAUUCCAGAUACCAUUCACAAGCAUGGCAAACCCAUGCCUCUUUCUCUUCUCAUCUCUUCCCUUCAAAUCCAUCCUUCCAAAACUCGCAAUAUCUAUCGCUUAAUGCGAAUCCUCACCCAUUCUGGCUUCUUCUCUCUCCAGAAACUUCCUGAUGAAGCAGAAGGCUAUGUCCUUACGGAUGCAUCGAUCCUUCUUUUGAAGGACAAUCCCUUAAGCGUCACCCCUUUCUUGCUCGCCAUGUUGGAUCCCAUCCUAACCAAGCCCUGGUAUGAGGUGGCCAAUUGGUUCCAGAACGACGAUCCGACGCCGUUUGAUACGGCACAUGGAAAGACGUUUUGGGAGUAUGCUGGGGUUGAACCAAAGCUUAAUCAUUUUUUCAAUGAUGCUAUGGCUAGUGAUGCCAGAUUGGUGACCAGUGUGGUCAUCGAGAAGUGUAAGGGUGUGUUUAAGGGAUUAGAGUCAUUAGUUGAUGUCGGGGGUGGUACUGGGACAGUGGCUAAGGCUAUUGCUAAAGCAUUUCCAGAAAUACAAUGUACUGUGUUCGAUCUCCCACACGUUGUUGAUGGCCUCCAAGAUAGUGGGAAUCUCAAGUUUGUGGGAGGAGACAUGUUCGAGGCCAUUCCUCCUUCUGAUGGCAUACUAUUGAAGUGGAUUCUACAUGAUUGGAACGACGAGGAAUGUGUGAAGAUACUGAAGAAGAGCAAGGAGGCAAUUAGAAGCAAAGGGAAGGUGAUUAUAAUAGACAUGAUGAUGGAGAAUGCUAAGGGAGAUAUUGAUGAUGAAUCGGUUGAAACACAAUUGUUCUUUGAUAUGCUGAUGAUGGUUUUGGUGACUGGAAAAGAGAGGAAUGAGAAAGAGUGGGCCAAGUUGAUCUUCUCUGCUGGUUUUAGUGACUAUAAAAUUACUCCAGUUUUAGGACUAAGAUCUCUCAUUCAGGCUUUUCCCUGAUGAAUCAUACAUGAUGUGGAAGAGAAAUUAAAGUUAGCUCUUCAGUUUGAUGUUUAUGUUAAUUUACUACUCAUGUUUGUCGUCUACCAUCUUGUGUUGCAACAGUAAUAAUAUUGUGGUGGAGUUGAGCAAUUUUA